AUUUCAAAGGUGCCAUGUGGAUCACAGUCUGGGAACUGCUGCUUUACCGGAAGGGAGGCCAAAAAUCAUUACAGUGGGCAGUGGCAAUCGCCAGGGUUUCAGACUUCCUUGCUCUCACGUGGAGAGGAUGGCACUUUGCACAAAACCAAAUCCCUUUCAGGGGAGCAUAGCACAGUGCUCUAUUAUGAAACUCAAACACAAAGAAGAAAAAUUCUAACUUACUCCCAUUCAUUCUCUUGAUUCCCCCACUAAAAAUGGUCUUCAAAUGCAAUAUUAAAGAGGAAAAUACUGGACAUGGAUGAUGCCAAGCUCCAUACCCAGGUAUCUCCAGCUUUCCUUUGCAGCACAAACCCAGCAGGAAUCAGGCAAUUCCACAAUCCCAAGCAAAUUAAAGUGCAGAGAAAUCCAUGGAUGACCAUAAGGCUGUGAGAAUUCUAGCUGCAUGGUACACUGGGCACGCACUUGGACAGCACUGGCAAGGUCCCAUUCCAGAGCAGUUACACUGUGGACCAGGAGGUUCAGAGCAUCCUCCUGGCUGGUGUCUGUCACAGCUAUGGUGACCUUGUUACCAGCUGCUGAGACCUUUGAAAAGGGAAAGAAAAACCACCAAUACAGGACAGGUUAAGUGCUCCUAGACCCAAGGUCCUGCUCUCCGAAUUGCAGCUCCCUAGAGCUCCUGCAGGUAUGUGCCAAGGACAUGUUAUAGAUCAACUACAGGAGCAAUCCUCAAAUGGAGGGAAAAAAUUAAUUACUUUCAUGACCUGAAAUCAACCCCAUCAGCUCAAGCUGUCAAUAAGCAGUUGGCUUCCUGCUAAGCACAGACCAGAACCAGCCCUGCAGAAAUUAAGCUGUUCCUGGGAAGCCCUAAGAACACAAUGCAGCCAGCUGUAUCCAUAACACGCUCCAAGGAAACAAUUUCUGCCACAGGCAGCACAGGGUCCCUGUGCCAGAGGAUGCUUCAGAGCUGGAGCUUCUACUGACCAGUUUGAAUCUCAUGGCACAGCACCAGGUCCAAGUGAAUCAUGGGCACUGGCAACAAAACACCCCCAGUAUUUCCAGUUUCCCAAACUGGGCUACAAUAAUGACGGCUUAUGGAACCUUAAUUAUGUGCUGGAGGAAGGACAAUUCCAUUCUUCAGUGGCAGCAAGGAGAUUUCAGAAUGAAACAGGAAUUCUGUUAACUGGAAAGCAUGUGGUCAUGCAGGUUGCAAGGUGAGGGGGUUUCCUGCUGAGUGCUGCCAAUCCUGUCUGCAAACAACUUGGCUCCACAGCUGCAAAUUAGUUCCUCUCUGCCCCCAGCUCUCCCAAACAGUUAACUUGUGGCUGUGAGACCAUCCUAUCUCCCUGCCUGCUCAACAAUAGAUCCAGCUAAACAAAUGCCUCCUAAUUGACUUUAAGCAACACUUGAUUGCUUUUACAAAAAACAAAAGAGAGGAAACCAUUACGGUUUAUGAAAUAAUGACUAAUCCUGGAGCAAGAGAAAGGAGAUGGGUUGGAGCACUGGUGUCAAACAGAGAUUCAAUCUUAGCUGAAAGAGCCCCAAGACACAUGGGCCAAGUCAUUCACCCCUCCCCAGCUGCCCUCAUUUCCACACCUGCUGAUCUAAGCCAAACCCCUGCUAAAAUACAAACAAUCGGGGCCUCUGGCAAAUGAAAAUUGGAGCAUUGUCUUCCCCAUGAGGGCUCUGAAAGGGCCGAACUUAAUGAGGAUGGAUUGACAAAGAGGUGGCUCCUAGGCUAUAAAAGGCAUUCCACAGUCAGGAGCAGCUCAGUCCGGGCGUGCUCUUGGUUCACUUGCUCCAAGCAUGGUCAGGUCCCUUCGCAGGCACCCCUCGAGGUUGGGUGGCCCGUGGCUACUGGGUCUCCUGGCACGCCUGCUGCUCUGGGGCUCUCCGGGCGCCUGGGCGAGCUACCUGAGGAGAUCCUCCAGCUGCAUGCCCAUCCCACACCGCAUGGCCUUGUGCUACGAUAUCGGCUACUCCGAGAUGAGGAUUCCCAACCUGCUGGAGCACGAGACCAUGACAGAAGUCAUCCAGCAGUCUUCCAGCUGGCUGCCCUUGCUAGCCAGGGAGUGCCACCCAGAUGCUAGGAUUUUCCUCUGCUCCCUCUUUGCACCCAUCUGUUUGGACAGGCUCAUCUACCCCUGCCGCAGCCUCUGCGAAGCCGUCAAGAGAAGCUGUGCGCCCGUCAUGGCUUGCUACGGCUAUCCCUGGCCCGAGAUCCUCAACUGCAACAAGUUCCCUGCAGAUCAUGAACUGUGCAUUGCAGCAGUCUCCAUGGAUGAAAAUUCCUCAAGCAGGAGAAUGCCCCGAGCCAGCUGCAAGGACUGUGAGCUUGAGGAGGCCAGCACUGCCAGGGAGAUCCUGGAAAGCUUCUGUGCAAAUGAUUUUGCAGUGAAAAUCCGAAUCCUGAGGAGGAACACCACCACCACCAUCUCGGACUUCGACCUGGACCCCUCCAAAGUGGAGGUGCUGAAGCACGGCCCACUGCUCAGAACUGAAAUCCCUGCCAGGCUCCAGCAGUGGCUGGACAUAGACGCCACCUGCGCCCACAACAUCAUGCGAGGCACUCAGGCAGGAGUCUUCGUUGUAAGUGGUGAAGUGAAAAGUGACAAAGUGGUGGUGAACAAGGCCUACGCCUGGCAGAAGAGGAACAGGAACCUGCACCAGGCAGUGCGGAGGUGGAAGCAUCACCGCUGCCCCGAACAGGCGGGAUGGAAGGUCUGAAAAAGCUCAACUCCAGCAAUAAGAAACUGCUCCCUUCCCUAUGGCUAGAAAACUCCUUUCCCUGGCAGGUGGUGUUUUGGAGAUGUAUGGUGAUAUUUCUAGGUGAUUUGAAGCAGUCAUAGUGCACAGAUAGGGCUUCACUACGGAUCCCUGUUUUACCAAGACCGAGCUUAAGGAUGCAGGUUUAACAUGUUCCUCUCACAAUGCUCUGUAGAUCCAGGACGUGCUAUGUUCAGCUUUGUGUAGGAUCCAACAUCACAACAAAACUAUGCAGGCGAGGACAAGGACCUUUAUUAACAGUUCCUUCUAGUUCUCAUUAUCAGAGCUGGUAUUUCAGAUUCAUUAUUUGACCCUGAGACACUGAUGCUGUCCAAGUGCCUGCUUGCUUUCUGUCCAGAGAUUAGAUGAAAGUCUCCCUGACUGUGAAGUGAUACUUUUUAUGUAAUGGAGGAAAUACUUUACUCUUCAACAGUCUGAGGUAAAUUAACAGGACAGGAACCCACCCUGGCUAUGCCCAGCCCCUUAAAAACUGCAUGCUGAACUCUGCUCUUGAGUCAGGCUGUCCCUUCAGCUCCCUGCACUGAGAGUUGAUGAGCACCCACACAUGCAAAAGGAAGCAGCCAUUCUCAAGCAGGAAAGGCACAGAGCAGAAAGCUGAGGGUUUCUACAUAACAGGGAAGAAAACUGUUUUUCAACAUCAGAAAUUCAGUGUGGAUCAGAAGAUUCUGGCAACUGGGGAUAUCACAAGAACCUUGAGAAAAGCAGAGCAUGAGUGAGACAUCAGCUGUUCAAAGCUCUGCUUGGUGUGAACGGCAGCUUUGCUCAGCACUGGGAGGCGAGUCCCAGCCCAAGCACAGUGGGAUACUGCAGUUUUGAUACAGGAGCAGGGGAGAAACCUCCCACAGCUGCCUGGCCUCCCACCUGUACAUUAGGAAGAUAGAAAAUAUGGGAAAACUCAGUCUCACCAAGUUCUCUGCAGCUCACUAUCUCACUCAAGCAGGACUGUCACUCCCUGCAGGGGCACACACAGCGCUCCAGACCACAGAGCAGAAAACAGCAAAUCCCCAAACAAGGAAACAAGUUGGAUUUCUACUGCCUAACAAAGCACUGUCCGUGGAAAGUUUUCUACAUUGGUUGAAACCUGUGGCUGAAAUAAAAAACCAAAACAAGCGGAAAAAUCAGCCUUUGGGAGGAAUGCUUUCUGCCUUGCUGGGGACGCCUGCAGCUUUGGCCAUGCAGAGACAGCCGGUGUGCUGGAGACACAUCUGUCUGCUGGAGACACCCUGGUCUGCUGGAGACACAUCUGUAUGCUGGAGACACAUCUGUCUGCUGGAGACACCCUGGUCUGCUGGAGACACAUCUGUCUGCUGGAGACACAUUGCCUCCCCGUGUUCACAAGGCACACCAACAACCCACACUGCGGGCUCCUCCUCACACUGGUGUGGGCUGGAAGGAGCGCUCACAUACACACACACGCUGCAAUUCAGCUGCGCCCUGACAUUUGAGCGGUGCUUACUUCUCUUCCCUGAGGCUCAGAGGAAAAACAUAGCCAAAUUUCCUAUUUUUAUUCCUCUCCACUGUCUUGUCUUAGAAACUGCUGCCCAAUCCACUGAAUCUGCUGUCAGGUGGUCCCUGCAAUGGCAGUAUCUUCUGAACAGACUGCGUUUGGAAAGCAAAACACAUAAAAGCUCUGAAGGUUGAAAAGGCUUUGUCUGAUUUGUUUUCCAUUAGUAGGGUUAUUUGAUUACUAGAGUUUCCCAACUGAAAACUGCACAGAUGGUCUGAUUUACAAGCUUUAGAAAUGAUGCCUUGUAGCCAGAGGGGGGAAAAAAUAGGGCAGGGAUUUUUUCAUAGCUCCAUAAAAUACGCUUGGGUUCCAUGCAGAUGUGACUUACCCACAACUAAAAACCAAACCUAAAGCUCCCCUACGGUGCCCAGCCCAUGCUCUGAAGCCCAGAGAACACAUUAAAUCAUUCAUGAGUGUCUGCUGCUGUGGUCCCACUGCAACCUCCUCAGCUGAAAGCAAAGAGGACAGAUCAGGCACUCUCCUGUUUCCUUAAAUUGGCUCUUGUAUGCUGCAGCACUUUGUGUUAAACCCCCAGAAACUCAUCAGUCUUUGCUGAGGGCUUCUGUAUUCACCAAACACAACCAAGUUAAAUACACACUUCCACUAAUUUAAGUAACAGAGAUACAAUGAAUUAGUUUUUUUAAAUCAGCUGAAUUAGAUUGGUACUGCUUGCAAAGAUAGAGAAAUCUCUGAAAGUCUUUUAAAGUCAGAGCUGGCUCCUGGCAGGUUCAUCCAGGAGAUAAGAAUUGUCUUGCAACUUGCAGUUUCUAAAUAAGGGACUCCUUAUCAGAGGACAAAGGAGAACAGACUCAUGGCAUCUCAAAUGGUGAAUGUCUGUCACUGCCUGUGAUGGCAUCCUCAGGGAGCAAAGCUUCCCUCAAAACCAGUGGAGGUGCUGGAACAAGAAGCUAAAAACUGCAGGACUACUGCUGCCAGGACAAACCUGCCUUUUAUCAUCUUCAGCACCUUCCUUGGGGGCCAGGGCCAACUGUUUCACCUCAGUGCUACUGGAAAGGCAGGGAAAGAGGAAACAGGAGAUUCCCCAGUGAGAACCAGAGCAAUUGCCACAGACCGUGGUUCUGAUAAUGGUUCAUCACCAGUUUUGUGAUGCUGUGGGGUUCAGGUUGGUGUGUCUGUUUAGUGAACGUCAGACAGAAAUCCACUAAGAAAUUAAUGGUGAGGUUUUCAGUGUAUAUUAUCUAUUCGGAAUCAGAAAAUAUGCCUCUGUUUAUGUUAUUGAGAAAGCAUCUGAAAGAUUCUCUGUGCUGUCUUUUCAGAAACAACAGGUUUUCUCUGACUGUGCAAUAGUAGGAAUUUUGUAAUGAUUGACUCCUCCUCCUCAAAUUGUCUAGCAUAUUGUGAGUGACUUUCCAGAACACAGAGUUCAAUUAGUGAGACUUGACCAGUGACAGCAAAGCAUCACAGAAAGGUAAAGAAGAUUUUAAAAUAUGUGAAAGGCAGAUGUUGUGUGGUUGUGUAUCAGAGAAGCCAAAAAUAGAGAUAAAUCUAGAACAGGACACAAAAUGGUGGAAGAAUUUAGAUCUAUCAAUUCUCCUGUUACUCAUUUCCUCAGUGCUGAAGCAUCAAUACUAAAUUGUUUUUUAAUUCUUUAUUAACAAAAGUUUGUCCUUUCCUUGUAUUGAGCAGCUUCUUCAAGGUUCUUGCCAGCGACCUGCUGUCUAUUCCUAGUAUUUUACAGAAACCUGAAAAACCUGGAAAGGUUAAUCUUCCAAAUUCUUCAAAGUGGGCCAUCCAGAACACGUAACCUCUGCGAAUUUCGCAUCAACAUCAACAUACCUUAAGCGAUACCACAGUCUUUAACGCAGCCCGGAGGAACAGCAGCACAGGGAGUCGCGUUCCCCCGAGUGGGUGUAAGACAGCGGCGGGUGUCAGACAGACACGCACACACGCCCCGCUCCGCCGUCAGGGCGGAACCCCCCCGCUACCGGCGUGCCCGGGCCCGGCAGCAGCUGCCCCCGGCGGGGCCGGU